GAGCAACCAGCAAACCAGCAAAAUGGAAGACGGUACGUUCUCGCCAUCCGCCACGACGGCAACGCGUACCUCGUCGUCGACGACGCCAGCGACGCGCUCUUUCUCUUCCCGUACCCGCCAGCCGCUCCUCGUCAGGCCUGCGUCAGCUCAAGGCUGACCACCUCUCGACUACCGACCACCCUUUCCCGGUGCUCCCCUUCGUAUACGAGCUCUCAGACGGCAUGCGACGCGUCCAGCCACGGUCGGCCAGUUCCAACCCUCGCGCAUGUCUUUCGGCUCUUUUUUCGCGUCGGCAUACAUACCCUCCUCGCCCAGUCCCCCAACCGUCCGGUCCUCUUACAACCAUGUCCGACGCAACCCCCGCCUUUCGCUGCUCCCAACGCUACUGCAUAUCCAUCUUAAGCCCCGGCUUCCGUCACAGGCAUCAGCAUUCCGGCGAACGAGAGCAACGGCGCUCCCAUGACGGGCGUCGACGACUAUGGCAGGCGCUCGCCCGUUCGCGACAAUGGUCCCCGUCGGUCGAGCAGGAGCCGUAGCCCAGGAGCACGAGGGGAUGAUCGUGACCGUGGUGAACGCGACCAAGGAGGUCGUGGCGACGGGCGCACUAACCCCGGUAACAACCUCCACGUCUCUGGCCUUAGCCACAAGAUAGACACUCGCGACCUUGAGGCCGCUUUCAAGGAAUUCGGCCGUGUCCAGAAGGCAUCUGUCAUGUACGACCCUCACACUCGCGAGUCUCGUGGCUUCGGCUUCGUGACCAUGGAGAGCCCAGAGGAAGCUGAGGCUGCCGUCAAUGGCCUCAAUGGCACCGAGUUGCAGGGCAAGAUCAUUCGCGUCGAGAAGGCUCGUCGCGGCCGUGCUCGCACACCAACACCGGGCCGCUACUAUGGCCCGCCCAAGCGCUUUGACUCGGAGCGUCCAUAUGACCCCAGGCCGUACGAUAACCGUUACCGUGAUGACCGCGGUCAUGGUGGCCGCGGCGGUGGGCGCGACCGCUACGACGAGCCCCGUCGGGACUAUGACCGGGGAGGCUACCGCGACUACGACCGCGGCAGCUACCGCGACUAUGACCGCGGUGGUGACCGCCCGAGCUACGGCGGUGGCGGUCGUGGUGACCGCGAGUACGACAGCAGGCGCUACGACGACCGCCGCGCUGCUCCCGCUGCUGAGCCUCGGUACUAAGUUAUGUGUAAGUCAACGCGAUGGAUGGGUGCCACAUGUACGGUCUCUUCGCCGUACAUGUAGUCCCCUCCCCGCAUAUAUGGUCCCCAAUCCGCACAUAUGGACUGUCUUUUCUGCGGUAUUCUGGCUAUGUGAUGUGUUCUGUCUUGGCUGGGUCCGGUGUGUGCGGUGGUACUUUGAAGAAAAGGCUCUCGAGAACGGCUUGUGCGAGGACUCGCUAUAUACGUUAUGUUGACCUGCCCCGUGCGCCUGUACGCUGUAUACUUGUAGGGUAGGUCCUUAAAUAUGCAGGUCACUUCCUGUC